UGUGCCGACUCUCCAGCAGCAUGGAUGUCAUGGAGAAGUGGCCAGAAAUAGAGAAAGCAGCCGCGGAGAAGAGGCGUGAGCUGGUCCUCCAGGGCCCUGCUGUCGACAAGAAGGUGUCCUCCUGCGGGGGCCUCCCCUCCUCCAUCUACUCCCUCACUCUGCUCAACUAUCUGGAGGUCAGCCAGUGCCCGAGCCUAACGGAGAUCCACGAGGACAUCCAGCAUCUGACCAACUUGCAGAGCCUCAUCCUGUGCAGGAACAAGCUCGCCUCCGUUCCGGAUGUCAUCGGCAGUCUCAAGUCCCUGAAGGUCCUGGACGUUUCAGGGAACAACAUCACGGCCUUACCGGAGGGAGUGACCCAGCUGAGGGAGCUCAACACUCUGAAUGUGAGCUGUAACCGGCUGGAGGUCCUGCCGGAGGGGCUGAGCCGGUGCACCAAGCUCUCCUCCAUCAACAUCUCCAAGAACCUCAUCCGCCGGUUCCCCGCUGACCUGUACUCGGAGCGCCUGGACCUGCUCAGCGCUCUAGUGGCCUCCGACAACUGCGUGGAGGAGCUGAGCGGAGACAUCCACAGGCUGCCGGCUCUGAAGGUGCUGGAUCUCUCUAACAACAAGCUGAGCGAGAUCCCCUCCGGUCUGAGCGACUGCCCCAAGCUGAAGGAGAUCAACUUCAAAGGCAACAAGCUGAACGACAAGCGCCUGGAGAAGAUGGUGAACGGCUGCCAGACCAAGUCCAUCCUGGACUACCUGAGAGGAAAAGGAAGGGGAAGGCAGGGAGAGGACGGAGGCGAUGCCGACGGAGGACGCAACGCAGACAAGAAGAAGAGGCAGCAGCAGAGAAAGAAGAAGGAGAAGGUGACGGAGGAACCGGAUGAGGUGGAAGAGCUGAACAAGAUGGUGGUGAGGGUUCUCCACGUUUCAGAUGCUCCCACAGCGCUGACGGUCACGGUGAGCGCAGAGGUGAAGGAUGUUCGGCCGUACCUGGUGUGCUGCAUCGUGGGAGGUAUGAACCUGAAGCCUGGCAAUGCCCUCAAACGCUUUCUGAUGGCUCAGACAAAGCUUCACGAGGACUUAUGUGGUAAAAGAACCAUCGCAACCAUCGCCACCCAUGAUGUGCAGCUUCUCAAAGGUCCCCUCACGUACGAUGUGAAACCGCCCACCCAGCUGAAGAUUGUGUCACUGGGGCGAAAGGAGAUGACGGCCGUCGAGCUGAUAAGACACCUUCACCUGGAGGCCGAGGAGCUGAGGAAGCAGAAGAAGAGGCAGAACGUCACUGGCCUCCACAAAUACCUGCAGCUCCUGCAAGGAAAGUCUCUCUAUCCCUGCCUCGUGGACGCAGAAGGACAUGUCAUCUCUUUCCCGCCAAUCACCAACAGUGAGAAGACCAAGAUUAAGAAGACGACCAAAGAGCUGUUCUUGGAGGUGACGAGUGCAACCAGCCUGCAGACCUGUAAAGAUGUGAUGGAUGCUCUGAUUGUAAAAAUGGCCGAGCUGAACAAGUUCACCGCAGAGCAUCAGGAGGAGGUGGGCUCGGACGGCGAAGGUGACGGCCCACCAGAACCCACCGUCAGUGACGAGACCUCCAGCCAGCUGGUCGUCCAGCAGGUCCGAACAGUCGACCAGGAUGGCAACCUGAAGGUCGUGUACCCGUCGAAGACAGACCUCUCCAAGGACGUCAGCAACUUGACGGUGGUUUGGUAGUUUGGAUUCAGUCAGAUGUUUACACCCAUUCACAUCCUACAUGAAGUCGUUUUAACAAACUGGGGACGUUUUUACUAAGUCUUGAUCACAUGUGUUUGCUUCAGACAGCUUCAGGGACAAUUUUGCAUCUAAACCAACAUCCUGCAGCAGUUUGAUUUUCACAGAAUCUCACAUUAUUAUGAGCUGUCUGGUUAGAAACGUUAACAUUACUGAUUAAUGUGCAGCUUUUUGAACCACAUGCAGACUAACAACUGUUUCCUGGGAGAACGCUACACGUCAUUUACUGUCCAAAUGUCCUUAUUUUGUAUUAUUUGUAAACAGAAGACAACUGAAAAAUGAAUUAAACUGACACUGACUUGCUCUUA